AUGUCCACCUCGGAAAGUGGUGGUGGAAACACCCCCGACCUUUCGAAGGAGAAUACCGUGGCAGGUAGUAGCCCUGUUAACGCGAACAAGAAGCCUGACGCCGAGUCAUCUGGCGGCAGCAAAGUAAGUGCUGGCGUUACGAGGUUGUUUAUGUAAUUCGAAACUAUUGAAGAAUCGAAACCGCCGCCGCUCCAACACCAAAGGCGACGGAGCCGACUCCCGUAACGGCAGCCGCAACAACAGCGUGAGCCAGCAGAAGUCCCACACGAACCGCAAGGACUGGUCGGAGAGAAAGAGCAUCUCGCUCAACAACAAGAGCAAGUCUCCUGGUGACGAUCACAAAAGAACUCAAAGCACCAACUGUAAGGAUGAAAUAUUAUGUUUAGAAGUUUAAAUUUUUUGUUUUCUAGCUCAAUCUGCGAAGAGAAAUGCUCGCGAUUCCACGAGAACCAUGUCGCAGGCCAGCAAUGGAGAAGGACUCGAUUACAGCGACGAAUGUGAGUUCAUUCACCAGAGCUUCCACUUCUCACAAAUAGUCAGUUCUUGCAGACGAACUGGAAGAACCCUUCUCGGAUUCUGACGAUGAGGAUACUCGUCCGAAGAAGCCGGAGAAGAUGAGCCUCACGAUCGCUCGUGGACGCAUUCGCACGCUGUCUGGAACUGUUCCGGUCGUUGGAUACUCGCCACGUUGGGGAGGACCGACCAUGUGUGUCAGCUGCCUCGAGUUCUUCGACUUGCCCGACCAAAUCUCCGCUUUCGCUGAUCAUUUGCUGAAGGAGCACAAGAUAGUUGUCUCCCAGAUGCAUUUAAUUGUCGACCCGAAGCGUUACAUCGAGCACUGGAGACAACGUUUCGCUAAGGAGAGCAUCGACAAGAUCUUCCAGAGAAUUGAUCCAAUCGAAGGCGAUUUGUACUUUGGCGAGACCGACUACUACUAUCUGAUGUCGGAGAAUGUCGCCGAAGAUCGUUCGCUGAGACAAAGACUCGCGAUGCGCCGUCUUGAAGAGGCUCUCUCGUGCCAGCAGCGCGAGCGUGAGGAUACCUCCUUUCAGCUCCAAUGUAUCUUCUGUAGAUACAACGCUCGUGGAAAUCGCUCAAAGAUCAUACACCAUCUGUACAUGAUCCACCAUCUCAACCUCGGAUCGCCGGAUAACUUGGUCUUCGUGACCGAAUACAUUGAGCAUCUGAAGGAGAAGCUCCACCGCAAUGAAUGCAUUUAUUGCGAGAAGAUCUUCCCCGACCGAAACACGCUCAUGGAUCAUAUGCGCAAGCGAAACCAUCGCGAGGUGAACCCGAAGAAUCACUACUACGACAAAUUCUACAUCAUCAACUACCUUGAACUCGGCAAACGUUGGCUCGACGUGCUCGCUGAGGACUUCGAGGACACCAUGCCGACGUUCCAGGAUUCGGAUGAGGAGGAGGAAGACAACGAGUGGUGCGAGUGGGAGGAGGACAACCUGGACGCCGACGAGACUCGUGUCGUUUGCCUUCUCUGUGACAGCAGCGAGGACAAUGCUCACUCGCUUUUGGAGCACAUGAAGACGGCUCACGAGUUCGACUUGCUCAAGCAGAUCGAAGAGAGCAAGCUGAACAACUACCAGCGCGUCCGACUCAUCAACUACAUCCGCAAGCAGAACUACCAUGCCGACUGCUGGGUGUGCCAGAAGACUGGACUCGAGAAUCCGUUGGCUCUUCAGAAGCACGUUCUGGAGCACAAGCCGGUGACUGUAAGUGUCGCUAAGAAUACUUUCUUCAUUCCUUAGGGAUUAACAUUUCAGCACCUUCCUGAUCCUUCGAUUUGGGACAUCGAGGAGAAUCUCGUGCCGAUUUUCGGUAACGAUCACUUCCUCUGGAUGCUCGAGUCGAUUUUGGGAGAAAAUGAGAUCACCUGCGAAAGUGACGACGAGACGGAGAGCGAGGAGCGUCUCGCCAAGCUUGUACUCGAGAGCAAGAGCAACACGGUCGAAGGAGUAAGCGUCGAGAAGGCAUCAAGAGAAAAACGCCUAUUUAAUUUCAGGUCAUUGCCGAGGACCUACCGGAGCUCUCCGAACUCAACGAAGACGAUCUGAACGCUCUGAUGUAA